AUGGACUAUGGCUCGUAUGAAAAAGUGGUUACAAAUUUCUAUCCCAGACUUUUGGGCGCUUUUGAUCGGUCUAAUGCAACCUAUGAUGUUUUCAUUGAUCGCAAAAGAAAUGGAACAUGUGCUUUUUCCUCAUAUCGCGCAUAUUUUACCUUCAAACUCACUGAGAGCAUAUGCAAAAAAAUUUUUUUAGUUGCAUCGUUAAGCGGCCUGCAGCAUUUUGUAUCUGAAGAAUCUUCUGAUUUUGUUUCACAAAAAUAUCGCACGAAAUAUUCCAUUUCUCCCUCAUCAAAACCGAACCAAUCGAUUGAAGGCCAAAAAGGAGCCGAAAACUUUAUCUACAAAAAAUUAAGCUCCACUCGGAAUAUAUUGAACGAGAUAGAAAAGUUUCACUUUUUAAGGUGGAAUGUUGAUCUUGUUGAUACGAUGUUCAGAUAUCUAGUUGAAAUUGGAAAUGGCGUGUUUGAAACCAAAGAGCAUGUGUUUUUCAGAGACCUAAAAGUAGCUUAUGAUCGAUUUCAAAUUCACAAGAAGAAAAAUACUUUCAACGCCGUUCCUAAAAACAUAGCCGAUAAUAGACCCAUAAGAGCAUCUUUUUGUGAUAAUGUUAAUUUCUUUUUCAAGUUUGGGUCUCACGAAAAGCUAUCCGCUAACGACACGUUUUAUUGCGACCUUCCCAAGUUCGAGUAUCAAGAUGGUGUUUAUGGUCGUGAAGAGUUCUGGGAAUUUUCAAACUCAAUUUUUCAUUUCUUGGAAACCGAAACCGUUUAUCAGCCAUGCUUUAUAGACCAAGAAAUUCCUUUAAUUUCAUAUUUGGAUUCGCUGAUAUUUCGCGUCAUGCCAAUGGUAGACAAAUUUGAUUCACUUGAUGUCCAUAAAAUGGGCUUUCUUUACACAUUUUUUACCAAAACACUGCGUUUAUUGAAAUAUGACAAUAAUCUGCUUAUGUACCAAAAAGUUCUCAUUUUAUUCGAGAUUUUCAAAACCUACAAAGAAAUAUACGCUCGCCAUUUAAAGGCCUCUCUGAAUAACGAUCAAUACAAGUUUAGGCUUAUUAAUGAUUGGAUUUUUGAAAGGCUAUCACCCUAUGUAUAUUUCAAUCCAAUUGAUCUUCCCGAAAGAACUUUACCAGCAUAUGUGGGAUCUAUUGAGUUUCGUCCUGAAGAUACCGCAAUUACCUCUAAAUUAGUCUCCAUAUUGUUUAAAAACAGCAAAGACCCUCCGAAUCCAGCUGAAAUGCGACAAUUUUUUCAAUUGAAUCUAAUUAAUUACCACGAAGAAGGUAUAAAGUAUGACAAAUAUCUAAAGGAUGACAAAGAAUAUCCAAAGUAUGAUCAAGCUCAGUUAAAAAGAAUGGCAUAUAUUUUGACAGUAAUUUCGAACCCUAUUAGCAUUGAGAAUUCCAAUAAUACCGUGCUUCCAGAAAUCUUCUUACUUGACCGACAUUAUUACAAUCUUUUACAUAUGCUUUGUAAAAUAACACGUAAUUAUGGCGGUUUAAAUAUUCCACGCCCAAAUCAUCCUUUGUAUUUCGGUGUUUACAUUGGUACUAAGCGCCAUUUUAAUUUAAAAACAGAUGGUUACAGCAAUCAUAAAGAAAUCGCAUCAAUAUCGUCGAAAGAAAAACGGCCUUUGGAGUUAAUCAAUUUGAGGCACAAAUUUUCGUCUAUUUUUUACCUCUUGACGUAUCUACAAGAAGAUCAUGUUUUCAUCUUAUCUGAACUUGGAAUGGAAAUCAUUUAUACUUUCAUCCUAAACCCAUCGAUAUAUAUUGACAAUUCAGCGAUGGCUCUACCUCCAGUUAUCCAAUAUUUUUUGUGUUGGAAGGAUAAAAUACUCGCAGAAAUUUCGACAGACAAAGAUGACAUUCAGAAAUUAAGGCUUUUGGCAAAUUACCAGAUCAUUCUCAAUCACUUGAUGUCGAUUGAAAAAAGAGACCUCGACAUUGGUGAUCUUGAGAAUGUUUUUGUGGGUCAAUAUCAGCCGAUUUUCGCCUUUCUCAAGCUUAAUACGCUGAUACUUGAGGAAAAGUUUUCUAACCUGACCAAUAGCCAUGACGUCUAUUUGUCGGUGAUAUCGAAUUUUGAGCUCAUAAAGUCGUUCUUUUUCAAGGAAGAAAUUGAAUAUGUGCUUAAAAUGUAUUAUGACCAUUGGAAAUUUCUCUCCUCUAAAUCAAGAUGUGCAGCCCAGACAGAAAAAGGAAUCCAAAAUUUGGUGAACGGAAAUUUUCUGAUCGAUGGAGAACGCAUCGAACUUUCGGGGCUCCCCUUCCCCAACCACCGUUUAUGGAAAAUGAUGGACGUCAAAGACAAACGUGAUUAUAACAUUGAAUUUGCUCUAUAUAAGCGCCUAUCUGAUGGGUUAAUAUUCUCAAUCUUCAAACAUAACGACCUGAAUUUGGCGAUUCAUGAAAACGAUGCAUUUUUACUAAAGAAUGGUGAAGUAAUAGCCAUUCUUUUUUCCUAUAGCUUAAAUCUUUGCGAUGAAAAAAUGAACAAGAAAGUUGCAUUCAAUAGCAAAAUGGUAGGAUCAGACGAUGGUAUCAUUGGAUUCAAAACYAAUAGUACUGAUUCAGAUCAGAAAAUUAUUUACCUUUUUGAUUUACAUGGAUCAGUCUUUGGAGUGAUUUAUGACGAAAAUACUCUGGUUUUGAAAAACUCGUCCAAGUUUGUGGGAAAUGUAUCGAGCCCACUUCCCUGCUCUUUUUACAUAAAUCUGUUCUGCUCUUUCGCUUCUGAAUCGCAAUCGUUGCUUCAUGUUUUUUUAAUCCGUGGGGUUCUUUUUAACUUUGCAGCAGACUCGUACAUUUUCAUACUAGAAAGUGAGGCUCAAUCCUUUUAUUUCUUCAAUAGUUACAAUGGCCCAAUAAAAGACUUUUACGCCAUGAAAGAAGGGAGUGACGAGUAUUUUCUUUUUAUCAAUGGUGAGAAAUUCAAGAUCCACUCUCCUGCUGGGAUCGAGGGAAAUUUCUUCGUCUCCUCAAACUUGCCCUUUUUAUUUGUGUCGAUUGAAAAUUCCUUCCACAUUAUCAUUCCGGUACCUCUGUCACCACCUGGAGAUUCAUACAAGUUUACUUUUGUCAA